CCCCCCCCCACCCCACCGCCCUCGCCGCGAGUAACGGCUCGCCCAAAACCCCCGGCCCCAGAAGAAAUUUCCCCAAACCCUCCUCCUCGCCUCGCCUCGCCUGCCUUCCGUUACCGUUCCCCAAUCCUGCAUGGUUGUAGGCCUCUGAUGGCGGCGACUGGAGGGGGCACGCUGCCGGCGGUGAUGGCGCGGGCGGUGCCGGGGCCCGCGGCGAUCCCGACGGGGGCCAUGGCCGCCGCGGAGGCGGCGGCCGCCGAGGUGGUGCGGCGCGUGCAGCCCACGGAGGCCUCGGAGCGCCGGCGCGCCGAGGUCAUCGACUACGCGCGGAGGAUCGUCGGCACCGCGCUGGGAUGCGAGGUUUUUGCAUUUGGUUCGGUUCCACUAAAGACUUACCUUCCUGAUGGGGACAUUGAUCUAACUGUACUUGGAAAUGCAUCUUGCGAUAGCACUUUGAUUGAUGAUGUUUACUGCAUCCUUGGAUCGGGGGAGCAGAAUAGUGAUGCUGAAUUUGAAGUAAAGGACUUGGAACACAUCGAUGCAGAGGUCAAACUCAUUAAGUGCACUAUUGAAAAUAUUAUUGUUGAUAUCUCAUUCAACCAAACUGGUGGAAUCUGCGCACUUUGCUUCCUCGAGCUGGUUGACCGUAAAAUUGGAAAAAAUCAUCUAUUUAAACGGAGCAUUAUAUUAAUCAAGGCCUGGUGUUAUUAUGAAAGCCGCCUGCUAGGAGCUCAUCAUGGACUUAUAUCAACUUAUGCGUUGGAAACGCUUAUUCUGUAUAUCUUUAAUCUGUUCCACAAAUCUCUCCAUGGCCCCCUAGAGGUUUUGUAUAGGUUUCUGGAAUACUUUAGCAAGUUUGACUGGGACAACUAUUGCAUAAGUUUAAAUGGCCCUGUUGCCUUGUCGUCUUUGCCUAAUCUCAUUGUUGAAGGUACAAAUAUACCUGUUGAUGACUUGCUGUUUGACAAAGAGUUCCUUCAUAGCUCCGUGGAAAAAGCAUCUGUACCUCCAAGAGACUCUGAUGCACGCUGUACCAAAUUUCGUGUGAAGCAUCUAAACAUAAUUGAUCCGCUGAAGGAGUGCAACAAUCUUGGCAGAAGUGUGAACAAAGCUAACUUCAGUCGUAUCCGGACUGCUUUCUCAUAUGGUGCUCGGAAGCUUGGUCAAUAUCUCAUGUUACCAUCAGAACGUAUUUCUGGUGAAAUUUUUGGAUUUUUCAAAAACACUUUAAAGAGAAAUGGAAGAGGAGUAAGGGCAGAUAUUGGCCAUGAUGGUGCACUAAAUUGUCAGCCCUUACUUGGUCCUGAAGAGGAACUCUUGGAUAAUAUGUUAUCCAUGCAGAUUUGUUACAAGGAAAAUGAGAACCAAAGUCGUCAUCAUGUUUCAAAGAGAUUGGCUAAUAACGGCUUAAAUGUCAAAAUAGACGUGCCCACACAGGAUGGUCGUCUUCCAGGAGUUGACAAGUCGGAUCCAAGUACUGAUUUAAGUACAAAAUCUAAUAAACGCUCUUAUGUUUAUCAAGAAAAUGGAAAUGGCUGUAGUGAACAGUACUAUGUGGAUCAUGAAAUGGAAGGAAGGGUAUCUCACUGUACAGCUGAAGCCGUCUUUGUGGACGAUAAAUCAUUGAUGAAGCCACAGGUUCAUGUGAACAAUUCGUCAGAUAUAUUGAACUCUGUCCAUGCCAGUGAUCUGCGAUUUUGUAAACCUGCUCCCGCAUACAAAAGUAACUGGAGUGCAUUCUCACCCCGUGUGGAAAAUCAAAAUCUUCCUGCAUUCUCAUUAUCUAGCUUGCCGGAUUUAUCAGGUGAUUUAGAUUCACAGUUGAGAUGCCUUCGUCAAGUUCAGUACCACUUAGAAUACUUGUUUGAUGAGUUUUGCCGGUAUGUUCAAGGAUCUUGUGGCAGCAAGGUUGACAAGGGCUUGUUUAACAUUCCGACUCAUAGCAUUGUGCUAAACACUGAUAUGACAUUGCGAGAGCUAUUAAUUCCUUCAUCUACUGAAACUGAUGGCAGGAAAUUAUCUCCAGCUUCUUCUCAUAGCACCGGAGAUAUUUCACAGCAGUCACAGGAAGAGGACCAUUGGGGUAUGGCUUUUCAGCUGAACGUUUCUGGAACAGAUGUUCCGUCUAAUGGAUUGUCGCCAUCUUCUUAUCAUGCUUAUUCAGAGAGUUCUGUUCCUCGGUGUCAUAGGUCGGAGGGUAUCCCGAAUUUGCAUGGAACAUGCACAUAUAUUUAUGAAAAGGUGGGAAGUUGGAACUUGCAGCACAUUGCAUCUUUAGGAGAGAAAGGAACGAUGCCAAUCAAUCAACAAAUAAAGGUUAAACACAACCAGGCCUCGGUUCCAAAAGGAAGUUUUGUCCCUUACAAGGAGCAGUCAGUACUAGACAGAGGUCAGUCAUUGAAAAUCCAGGACGGUUUAAAUGGAUAUAUUCGCUCAGGUAGGAAAAACGUUGAUAAGCAGAUUGGUCAUACUCGGAAGGAAUUUACCAAACCUCACUGUGAAGAAAGGCAUAUACGAGGGUACCAUGGGGAUGCUUGCUUGAACAGAAACAAAAUCCAGAAGCAAAGUUAUGACGCUGAUUUGGAGUUUGCACGACCUGGUAGUGCAAUGAAGCAGAUACCGAAGCAUCAACCAUCGGAAGUUCAGGAAACUCCAGAUGAGUGCACGCACAUAAACAACUUGGCAAGAAAGCAAAGUCACAACACCCGUAAAGGGCAUGAGGUACUUGACCGGCCAACAAACCGCAGACCAAUUUGUGAGACACCAAAACUUCAAAGCAGCCUGCGGGGCAGGAGCUUCUCGAAAUUCUUGGGUGCAAAACAAAAACAUGGUAAUCACGGUGAGCACCUAUCUUUCGCAAGAGAUACAGAGCAUAUAGCAAAUUGCCAAGUUGUGAACGUUACAAAUGGCUUAUCAAAGGAGGUUAACCCAAUCGUGGAGUUGGUUGGAAAUGGAAGUAAAUCAAGGCCAUUAUUGCCAAAUGUAAUGAUUUCUCAUGAAAGCGGGAGUAUCCAACGGAUGCACCUGGCAUCUAAUGCUUCUCAGCCCUCCUUCACUAUCACAAAAGGAUAUUCUCAGUCUGAGCCCUUGGAGACACAGCCAGAUAGGAUUAUUGAGUUCGGUUCUUUGGGGCCUUUCUCGUUGACAGUUUCCUCUCCUAAGUCAAGCAAGGCUCCUAACAAACACUGCAGCAGCAAGGCGUGUGGGGAUGCAGAGGCAUUGGUGUUACAGAGCUACAGAGCUGGUGCAACCCAAAGCAGGUCAUCAGGAUCUUACAGAAUAGGAGACGAGGAUCACUUCCCACCUCUCCAUGCUGGGACCCGCUGAGACUUUGCCGAGACUUACAGGGUACAGCUGAUCAUCAUAGAAAGAGCAGCAGAGUUAACUGAUUGAUCUUGUGCAAAGAUCGUAGGGUCUUCUGCACAAACAUGAUCAUCGUAGUUACCUUGAAAAAAUCCCUAAAAAAACAUGAUUAUCGUAGUGGCAUGCAUUCUACCUUGUAAAGUUCCAUUGACCCCUUGCGUUUUUAGCUUUUGUGUCUAUAUUUGUUACAAAAAUCAAAGAUUUAGGAGCCAGGACAAACUAUAUAUAGCUGUAGUUUCCGUUCUGUUACCUUAGAAAUGAUUAAAUUCAGGAAGAUAUAAACAUUUCCCCUUCAGUUUUUUUCCUCAUUGUC